GGGAUCACUCCUCUUCCCAAAGGAAGGCCGAAACUCUCCAGAUCUGCCGAGCCAUUUUGAGGAUGGAUACACUUUGCCAAGGCAGAAAAGAACCUGGGAUUUUGUCCUUUCCUUCUUCAGGGAUCCGUUCCAGGUGCAGAGUUUUGUCCACCCGACUGGCAUGGAGUCAAAGCUGAAGGUUUACAGAAUGAAGGACGUUUUGCCGAAAGAAACGGAGAACGAAACAAAAGAGGAGGACGCGGCCCUGAUUGAAUUCUACAGCUCUUUCAAGGACCUCUUUGAGUUCUUCUGUCUAAAUACCACGAUCCAUGGCACCAUUCGCUUGGUCUGCUCGAACAGCAAUAGGAUGAAAACCGCCUUCUGGGCCCUGCUCUUCUUAUCCAGCUUUGCUAUGCUCUACUGGCAGUUUGCGCUGAUCUUCAACCAGUACUGGGCCUACCCUGUGGUCAUGUCAAUGUCGGUUCAUUCAGAGCCAAAAAUGUUCCCUGCCAUCACUCUUUGCAGUUUGAAUCCUUCUAGGAUCAGUCCAAUCAAUCAAGAUUUAGCUCAACUGGAUAAUCUGGCGAGGGAAACCUUAUAUAAUUUAUAUGGCUUCCACAUUCCUAAGAGCACCCUAGAAGACGUCAGCAUCGACUUUUCAGGAGAAAAUCCUGGCAAGGUCAACAGCUCCAAGUUUCAGCUGGAUCGUAACGUCGCCCUAGUGAAGAUGGGUGGAAAAGUGGGCUUUCGGCUGUGCAACACAACAGGUGGAAAUUGUUACAACAAGGUCUACAUUUCUGGAGUGGAUGCCGUCCAAGAGUGGUACCGUUUCCACUACAUGAAUAUCAUGUCACAGAUCCCGUCCAUUAUCAAAACGUCCCAAAAUGAUGAUCACUUCAAAAACUUGAUCUAUUCUUGCCAAUACGAUGGGGAGCCGUGCCGAACGAGCGAUCACGAACAUUUUCACCACCCGGUCUACGGAAGCUGCUUCACCCUUAACAAGAAUGGAACGGAUAAGUUCUGGAAAGCUUUCAAACCGGGAAUUGUUUAUGGCCUGUCCCUCAUUCUCAAAGUGGAGCAAAAAGACCACAUCCCUCUGCUGUCCACCACGGCGGGCGUGAAAGUCAUGAUUCACCGACACAACCAAACCCCCUUUUUGGAGCACGAAGGUUUUGACAUCAGGCCUGGGACCAAAAGUACCAUUGGCAUCAAACAGGAUGAGGUGUCACGCUUGGGUGGGAAUUACAGCCUAUGUACCAAUAACGGGGAAGAUGUCAACAUCAAAUUACUCUACAACAGCACGUAUACACUGCAGGCCUGUUUGCAUUCCUGCUUCCAGCAUCAUAUGGUUCAGAAGUGUGGCUGUGGAUAUUAUUUUUACCCAUUACCUCCUGGGGCCGAGUAUUGCAACUACAAUAAACAUCCUGCCUGGGGUCAUUGCUUCUAUCUGCUGUACAAAGAGCUCACCGACCACCAGCUAAUCUGCUUUAGCCAAUGCCCCAAGCUGUGCAAGGAAACUUGGUAUAAGCUCUCCGCAGGAUACGCUAACUGGCCAUCAACUAAAUCCGAGAAAUGGAUUCACAGAGCACUGCAGGCAGACAGCAGGUACAACAUCACCACAACGAAGAGCAAGGAUAUUGCCAAGGUGAAUAUUUUCUAUGAGCAAUUAGAUUACUAUUCUUGGGAUGAGUCUCCGGAAUAUAACGUGACCCUGGUGAUGUCCAACAUGGGAAGCCAAUGGAGUCUUUGGUUUGGAUCUUCUGUCCUCUCGGUGGUCGAGAUGUUUGAGUUCCUCGUGGACGUCAUCAUCUUAUCUCUCAUCUUCUUCUAUCGGCGGCUUACGGCCAAGAGAAGACACAAAGUGUCAAGUCCCCCUAAGGUGCCAAGCGUGAGUUUGACUUUGGAGAAAUACCGCUACAUCGAAGAAGGUUUGGCCACGGAUCAAGAUGCAGAGAAGUGUCAGGCCAGCUACGAGAAUCCAUCCUUCGUCCACGACGAGGGGCUCCCUCCAUAUUCCAAACAUAACAAGUAUCAGAUGCCGGAACUAUAUCCGCCUGUGGUUCUUCACCGAUUUAAGCACCAAGAAGACCAAGGGACACACCAAGAUCCCAAGAGUUAACGGCCACAAGGCCAUUUUCAAAGGACAGUUUCUCUACAGGGGUGGGUGGGAAGAGGAACGGUGAAUUCCCCACACUUGGAAAUGUCAAAGCCCAAAGGAUAGGACCCACGGGAUUGGGCAUUCGACAGGUGGUGGAAUGGGUGAUUGUCCUCUUUCAGAUUUUCCAGAUGCUCCUAAGGCAGAUCAGGGACUACGCCUUUCAGUGGAAGACAGUGAGCUCAUGGAGGUCACGGAGGUCAACAACCCUCCCACCCCUUUUUCCCGUGAACUAGGCAGCUGACGCACCCACCGCGUGCUGAUGAAUUCCUGGAUUGACUUGAAAACUGUUUCUUCUUCCUUCUGUUAUUUCUGUUGCCACAUUUGUCCUACGGAUAAUCAAGUUUUAUUUUGAGCUGUUCCGCAGCCUGUUUGAAAAGAGCAGUCUAACUUUUGGUGAGCUGGGGCAGUGGGAGACUGCCUGGCCAUUGUAUAUAUAUAUAUAUAUUUAAAUCUCUCAUUAGUUUUGACUCGAAGCUCUCCCGAGGAAACCAGAUUCAGCUGGCCACCCUCGACUGGAAUAAAUUGGAUCCUCGACAUUUCACAGACUUACUCAGGUUAAAUGUUAAACCACUCACAUAUAUUUUUUUUCUUCUAAAAAUACCUCUUAAGUGGACAUUUACGAGGAAACGUUCUGUAUCGGCUGCAUUAACAGGACCGCCGGGAGUCUUGGGAGGAUGCGAUAACAGGCAUCCGUGCUCUUCAUUUGAGCAAAAGGACUUUUUGUGCUUGAGUUGACCCAUAAAAAUCUAUGUUGGGCGUUUCUGAUGUUCUGUUCCUCUUCUGUCCCAUGUUCCCUAAGUCAAACAGGCAAAGGCACAAAGCAAUAGUUACCACAAUGCAAGUCGGCCGGUGUCCAAAAUUAAGCCUAGCCUUUUUCCGAAACUGACUAUAGUCGAACCCUCAGGCGAGAAAUAAAAAUAGCUGCGUGCAACUACAUUUCUGUGAUUCGCUGGCAAUAACAAGCCUUCGGAUUGGUUGAAUCCCCACCCCUGCCUGGAAGACAUUUCAGUCCCCGCUUUUGUCAAUUAUGCCAAACAUCAGCAUGAUUAUUUUUAGAUCAGACUAGGAAGAAAAUAAGAAUUUCUGCAAGCAAAAUGUCAGUGGUAGGAUGUUUUCCAGUUCUCAGCAGAAUAUAGCUUUGGCGUCAGGAACUAAGGAAGCUUUUGCCUUAGACAUAAAACAGAGAAUUGGGGAUAUGCCAUUAAUUUUUUUUAAGAAUCAACUCCGCUGCUGGAGGCUGAAAAGCAAAUUAUAUUGGGAGGAUCCAUUUCGUCAGUCCUAUUCACAUGUUGCUAGACAAAGCGACGUAUGUUAGCUCAACUACCCAUGUCAAAUACCCAGCUGGCACGUACGCGGAGGCGUUCUGUGAAAUCCAUAUUCUCUUAACUUCUGAUUCUGAACAGAGCCAAGAUGGCACCAUUCAUGGACAAGAGGCUGGGGUGGGAUCUCUUAAGAAUAAGAGUUCAAACAAACAAAAAAGGAAAGAAAAAAGAAUUAAAACGGUUGAGGAGGGGAUAUUAUCAAGGAGCCAAAGAACAAGAAAUGACUAAUGAUGGGAAAAGGGAGAAAGAAAACGGAGUAGAAGAAGAAUGCAAGGAGACAGUUUGAAAGGUAGCGUAGCUGACACACCCCGCCUUGGUCUCAUUUGCAGGGACCUAAUGGCAAUUGAAACCAACACACCUUCUAGAAAGGUAUCGAGGCACAUGAGACAUCUUGUUCUAGAUCAAGCCAAUCUCCUCUUCCAACUGCAAACAGCUCAGCGGUUCUGGAAAGCCAAUAUUUUCAACUGACACCCCUCUCCCACCUCCAGCAGAUUUCUGGCAGACAAAGGUGUGUUAACCUCAGGUAUGAAAGCUUUGUUUGCCAGCAGGGGAUUGAACAGACUUCUCUGAAUCAACCUAGGUAGAAUUACGCCGUAAGACACCUGUCACAGUCGCUGUUCCCUUUCUUUCCCCUUUCAAUUUUGAUUCUGUUUCUCUUUAACGGUUGUGCUGCUAUUGAGACCUGGAUGUCAUUGUAAACAUGAAUACCUGACUGUAAAUUAUUUGGGAUGUGUGUAUGUAUGAAUGGGAAGA